AUGUCGCCUCGUACAAAUCGUUCCGCUCUCACCAACACUUCGGUCGAAAUGGACGAGAAGUUUGAUCUGAAAGUUGAAAAGUUUGUCUCACAAAUACCAUUAGAUGAACUGUGCAACCCCGAAAACAAUUAUCAACCUGUCUUGCCGAAAAAGUCGGGAAAAAAUUGCGAUGUCGCCAGGGCAGCGAAUAGUUUUUUCCAGUUCAAACCUGUGGUCACCCAGUACGCCAUUAAACACAAAAUCAAGGGUUAUAACGAUCAGAGCAUAUUGUCAAAGGCUCAGUCAAGAUUGUGGAAGAAACUUUCGGUGGCGCAAAAAGAACCCUUUAAAAGAUUAUACGAAGAGGCCGUGGAGUAUCAAAAGAAAAACUUCCCGGACUACAAAUUUAAACCACAGAGACAAAAAUCCGACCUGAAAAUAAAAAAGAUGAAACAAACAACAACUCACAAAAGGAGGAAUAGAAAAUCAGCGGACUCGGACACCGACUCAUCGGGUGAUCAGCUUUUCUCGCCGAUAACCGAUGUCUCGAGUUUUGAGUUGAAUGAGGUCAAUUAUGGCAUCAACACUGAUUUUCGACAAGAGGAUGUCACAAGUACUACUAAUGUCAAUGCUUUCUACCCCGCCAACACCGAAGUUCACUCGGCCAACAUUCAACUACAAAUCCCAUCUUUUUCCUACGAUAUUUUAGACUUUGGUGAUGGUAAUUUGUCACAAGAUAGUGGUGUGUUCUUAUCUUAUGGCAAUGAACUUUCUCCCGUCAGCCCCGCUUCAUCGGAUGGAUUUAUUUUUCCUAACUCCGGCGCAUUUUCACCAGCAUUAAGUUGUUCGUCAUCGUUUACAGAUGAAAGUAGUAAUGGAUUGAGUACGGUGCAGUAUGGGGAUAACAUGAUAAUGUUCAUGUGUGGGUCACCGGUGAUGGGAGAAGAUGUUACGGGUGCCGAUACUUCGAUCAUAUCAGAUCUUUCAAACAUGUCACUAAACCAACAGCAAUUUUAUACCGAAGAAAAUGUGUACACGCCUUCAUACAACGGCUACUAA